CAUCAUCAGAUGAGGGUCUUAUUUGUUGUCUCCAGCAGGAGGGCGUUCCGCGCAACAACAUGCACACACAGCGGGUGAAUUAUGUCGGCGUGUGUGCACUGAUUCAUAUGUAGAUGCUGCAACAGCUUAGUUUUCGUGCAGAAGUUUUUUUUGUUUUGUUUUGUUUUGUUUUUUUUUGUCCAUCGGGAGCAGGCCUUCCUUGAUGUUAGCCUUCUUGCUGGUAGCAGUGCCGGGGGAAAGGCGAUAGAGGAGGCCAGGCUCGAAGACAUGGAGGCUGGCUGCAGAGAGGGAGUGAGCUGUAGGACGUGGGGAUUUCUUCAGGUGGGGGCUGGCACUCCUAGUAUGACCUCCACCCACUCUUGAAGGGAUAUGUCACCUUUGUAUGUACCACGAAAGAAAAAGCUUGUCCACUCACACUCAAAAAGUGCAGAGUCAUGUCCAGCUGUUCAGCGAAUUCCUGAACGAACGAAUGAGCUGAACACCGUGGAGUACCCACAGAAUGACGACUCUCACCACCAGGAUGCUGUAAAGAUGAAAAGAGCAUAUGGCAGAAAGAGGUAUGAGGACCUCCAGAAUGUUUCCAUAGCAACAGUAGAUUACCCGACCACCAGCUGCUCUGUUAUGUCAUCAAGUAGUCUGGCUAAUGGGUUAGACCCAGGGUGCAUGGCUCCAUCCACAGCAAGACUGCCUCCAAGACUGGAGGCCAAGGAUGUGUGGCCUCAAGGUCCAGAGUCCAGCAGGAACCAAUCCCAGCCUCAGGACCAGAGCUGGACCUCGAGCAGAGACCGAGGGCCGGAACCCUGGACUGCAGACAGAGACCAAGUCUGGAACUCUGGCAGAGACAGAGCAGGACACUCCAGUCAAGAGCAGACAUGGAUACCACAAAGGGACAGAGUACAUUCUGGACCGGAUCAGGCUUGGAUGUCUGGACAGGAGCAAGGUUCUGAGCAGGGCUGGGCAGCAGGCAGAGAUCGAGGUCAAGAUGAGUCGUGGAAUGGAGGAAGAGAUCCGAGGAGAGAUCGGGCCUCCUCAGGGCCAGAGCAAGGCUGGGGAACUGGCCGAGGUCAGGAGCAGACCUGGAGCAACGCGAGCGAGGACCGAGGAAAUGUCUGGAGGCCUGCCUUGAACAUGAAGAAAGUCCAGAGAGCAGAUUUGGAUCGAAGCCCUGAUGUCAAUAACUUCCCACCACCACCAGAGGGCAGAAAUUCCUGUUCAGGUGCAGCUAAUGUUGGUGAGGCUUCGACAGCUCAGCCAAGCGAAGAUCAGAAACCUCCAGUCCUCCUGACCAAGAAGGAACCUCCUACAUACCCUCCAGGAAGUCAAGAGGAGCGCUGGCAGCUCCAGAUUGUGGCCAAAGGGAGAGUCACCUGUCCAAAAUGUAAAAGUGUGAGCAGGAAGACUGUGGAGGGGCUGAAGAAACACAUGGAGAACUGCAGACUGCAACCCUUUACCUGCCAACACUGUGGGAAACAGCUGAAGUCCUCAACAGGGAUGAAGUAUCACAUCAUGGCUGACCACAGCCACUUGCCAUCAGCUGAUGAUGCCAAGGACCUGGAUGAUCGUGCCAUCAAAGACAAACUGCGUAAAAUCUUGAAGAGACUGGGCAAAUUGAAGUGUUCAAAAGAGGGCUGUAAUGCUGCCUUCAGUAGCAUCAUGGGCUACGUUUACCACAUGAAGAAGUGUGGGAAGCAGGAGUCCGAGCUAGAGAAGAUGCUGCUGAACUGCUCACACUGUGGGAAAACCUACAAAUCCAAAGCUGGACUGGAGUAUCACCUGAAAUCAGAACAUGCUCCUACACCCCAGAAGAGUGAGGAAGAUGAGGCCCUAAAAGCUCAGAGGGAGGCCAACCCAGAGAGGACGGCCAGCGGCAGAGUGCAGCGAGCCUCGGCUCAGGUGGCCAACUUCCACCUGGCUGAGAUCGCCAACAACGAACUCCCCAAAGACUGGCCGAAGAGGAAGUUCCAGUCAGACCUGGUGCCAGAUGACAAAAAGUUGAAAUAUGCUCGACCAGGCCUGCCCGCCUUCAGCCAGGAGGUCCUGAGGAAGUGGAAGAAUGAAGUGAAGCUGCAGAGGAAAGUUCAGUGUCCCAACCAGGGUUGCGGCUGCACUUACACCAGCGUGUCGGGUUUGAAAGCUCACCUGGGACUCUGCACAAGGGGUGAAUUUGAGGCUGGAAAAUACAGAUGCCUGAUCUGUAAUAAGGAGUUUAACUCUGAAAGUGGAGUUAAAUACCACAUUAACUCUGUCCAUUCACAGGAAUGGUUUGUGACAAACAAGAAAGCCUCCAAAAAGUUUGAGAAGUUCCUCAAGAACCAGCCGAAGGAGAUCGUCCAUAAUGUGGACAAGCACACUGUUCACCAGUACCACCACCAGCUGCAGCAGCACCACCACCAACACCAUCAUCAUCAUCAGCAGCAGUUCCAGCACCAGCCCCUGCAGCACCCUCUGCAGCCUCUGCAUCACCUCCAGCACCAAACCCAGUUCCUCCAUCCAGAGCGGCAGAACUUUCAACCACAAGUAGACCCCCAGCUCCAAGAACCCAUGCUGCAGUACACCCCUCUAGAGCCUCCCUCGGGGCCAAUGUGGGUGGACAUGGACCACAGAGAAGCGGUGUCAGGACCAGAACAGACCCCGAUUAGCUUGACUGAAGUGAACAAACAUGAAGAGGACAGCGGUGGAAUGGUGGAGCUUAAAAGGAGAGAGAGGGGGGAAAGAGGAGGAGAGAGAGGGGUGGCUGAUGGGAAGCAGAGGGGCUGCUUUGCUUUCAGCAGCAAUAACAGUGGCAGCUCAUCGAGCGAAUCGGAGAUAGAGCACCAAAACAGGCAGAGACACAUCGACCAGUGGAGUCUGAAAAGGCCCGGCGUCAUGGAGCCUCACAGCGAGGCUGGAAAGCAGCAGAGAAAUGCUUGAAAAGACCCCACAUCUGCUCCUAAAAUUUCCACCUCGCAGAAGCGAUUCCGCCUGAUUUUAAUGGAUGUAAAAAAAAAAAAAAAACGCGCGGCUGUUACAACUAAAUGAGACGUGACAGAAAAAGACAUCCACAUUCUUCUUUUCCACAACACCAAGAGCCCAGACUGUGGCUGAGGACAAACAUAAUGUCUUGUGGAAGGUAAACUUUUAACCAAUUAUGAUAUUUUAAAAAAAACUUCAAGUUAAGGACAUGAGAUUAUAUUCACUUCUGGUUUAGAGGCUGUUUCUCUGUCUUGAAAUGGUUGUUGGUGUAUAGCCUUGAGAGAUGUAGUAAUACUGUUGAUCUGUGUGUUUAUCUGUAACAGAUUCUUUUCACCAACUUUCAAUGUAUUUUUCUUUUAAAACCUUUUAUAAACUCUCCUUGUCUCUGCCGUAAAGGGAGGAAUUACUUUAGCCUAAGGAGAGGAUGCCACUGUGUUAGACUAUGUAGUCUAGUUGAAUUGUCUGAAACAUUUUGUGCCUCAUAAGUGUGAUUUCUCCAACUUUGUACUAGUCAUCACUUUAAGUUACAACUAACUUGCCGUUCUUGGCUGUGUAAUGAAGGAAAUCUUAUUUUCUGGUCAGAUUUGAUUGAACAAUCACUUCUU